GGAGAACACGAGCACGACGCUGGCGUUGCAUCGACGACGAGACCUCGAUCGAGAGCAAGCGGAGAGCAGAGCAGAGCAGAGGAAUAGGGAUCCGGACUGGUUCGUCGCUUGUACCGCAGGGGAGCAAAUUCAGGAGAGUGUGUGUGGAUUGUAGCAAGAUUUGAAUUUGUCGUCGUCAGCCGGAGAGCCAUCGAGAGAGAGAGAGAGUGUGAGUUCCGGCUCGACGGCUUUCUUGGAUGCUUUUCGGCAGCGGAGGGAGGCAAGAGGAGAGGUCGCGGAAGGGCACGCAGUUUUGAAGUCGUGCGAGUCGGUCGGUCGGUGUUGGCAAGGAAUUGGGGAUCGGUCCGCGCGGAGGAUGAGAGGAGAGGAGAGGAAAGUUGAUGGGGAAGGAGAGCUGGGGAUGUUUGAGGAGGGGGAGUCGUGAUUGGCUCACGGCAUGGUGGUCGUGCGUCGAGCGAGGGACGAGUUGGAAGGAUCGAAUCUUGUAGCUUUUGUUGCAUGGUGUAAAUAAGUUGGAGGAGGUGGAAUUUGCAGGCUUUAUGGGGUGUGUUGUGAAGGAGCUCAAUUUUGGUAGCGUUUGGUGCUCUUCGAGUUCGAUGUCAUAUAUGUAGUGCCCAUCAUUUGCUUUCAGCUUCUGUUGUCUUCGAUUUCUGCACUUCAUGGACCUCAAUGGAUUCACGACGGCGGGAUUACGCAGUGCCAAUUCGAAUCUAAAGGCUCAGCCUCGACCUUUUACAAUACUUUGCAUCCCGUUCCCCACAAAUAUGUUCAGAUUCUAAGCUUCACAUCGGGACAAUUUCAUUGUUGACAAACUUGCGCACGUCAGGACUGGUCAACUCUGGACUAAGUCACCUUGACGGCAGGCACGCACAUGUCUUCAACGCAGCACCAAUUUUCGGAACUUUCACGGGCAAAUAUUUCGUCUGAAUGAUCUCGAGAAGCAUGACUAUUCUCAGAUUGUUCUGACGCUUUUCGAGUGUUGUGCCUUUGACAUGCACAGCGAGCAAACUUACCUUAGAGCUCUUACUCGCAGUCGAGCUACAGCACAUUCUGUUUAGAGGAGUAAGACAGAUCCGGAGUAAAAUCUCACAGGUGAUAAACCCGACAGUGAGCGUUGCGCCACGGAAAGAAGACAAGAUGUGGAUAGGGUAUGUCACAGAGAAGGCAUUGGAGGUGUUGGUGCCGUCAUGGGGGGAGAUCAACGUUUCUCUUGCUGCCGCCGUUCUCCUCGUUCUGGUGGUGAGCAUCUUGCAACACACACUCGUGGACGAACAACAAGGGACAAGUAACAGGGGCCGAAAAGGAGCGCUUCCUGGAGAGUUUGAAGUUGAUGGAAAUAGAUACAGUGAUAUGCUUGGGCAUGACCCCAAUUCAAGUACUGGUGGGGUUCAAUCUAGAGAGUUUGCAUCUAGAACCUGGGAUAGUGCGUUUGUUUACAUGAUCAGAUUGGAGCUGCUCGCUGCGAAGAAUUUGUUGGCUGCCCAUAUGAAUGGCACUUCAGAUCCGUAUGCGAUCAUCACUUGUGGAGGAGAGAAGCGAUUUAGCUCACUGGUGCCCGGAACAAGAAAUCCAAUGUGGGGAGAGGAAUUCGACUUCUAUACAGAGAAUCUCCCAGUCGAGAUUCACGUUUCUAUCCACGACUGGGAUAUAGUUUUCAAGAGUACAUGUCUGGGAAACAUGAAACUUUUAAUUGAAGAUGAAGGACAAACCGAGGCCAUUUGGCAUCCUUUAGAUACCACCGCUGGACAGGUUUGCGUUCAGACUAUCACAAAGAAAUAUCCCGUCAGUGCUUCCGAGAAUCUGAAUGGAUUUGCUGGAACAAUGGCUAGAAGAAGAUAUUCAUCUGAGAGACCGAGCGGAACAGAAGUUCGGCAGAAACCUGGACCUCUUCAAACGAUAUUUGGCUUGCCUCCUGACGAGGUUGUGCAGCAUAGCUACUCAUGUGCGUUGGAAAGGUCAUUUCUUUAUCAUGGGAGAAUGUUUGUGUCUAGGUGGCAUAUCUGCUUUCACUCCAACGUGUUUUCAAAGCAGUUGAAGGUUGUUUUGCCCUACGAGGAUAUUGACGAGAUUAAACGAAGUCAGCAUGCCUUUAUCAACCCUGCCAUCACCAUUAUAUUGAGGGCCGGCGCAGGUGGUCAUGGGGUCCCCCCUCUGGCCAGUACUGAUGGAAGGGCUAAGUACAAAUUUGCUUCAUACUGGAACCGAAAUCACGUUCAUAGAGCAUUGGUACGGGCUGCUCAAAAGUAUAGAGAAAUGCAAGAUGCUGCAAAACAGGAACAAAAGCAAUCCAGCUUACGAGCUCAGAGCAGCUCCUUUAGGCAUCUGCAGGAAAAUUCCGCGUCCUUUUAUGAGGAGGCGUUACCCGCAACGUCACUGGCGGAAGUGAAGAAUAUUCUUCCUUUUCUUAAAGAAGAUGCCUUGACAGAGAUCAUCAAGGUGGAUUUGCCUGCUUCUGCUGAGAGGGUUUUUGGAGCAUGCUACAGUAAUGAGUCCAAGUUCACAGAAGCGUUCCGUGCUCUUCGGAAAGAUACCGAACUAAAGAUUGAACAGUGGCACCCGACAGAGCAAUAUUCGGGUGAAAAUCGGAAGAUUACUUUCCGGGCAUUGUGUAACAACCCCAUGUGUCCCCCAGAUUCUGCCAUGACAGAAUAUCAACACGUCGAAAUGUCAGAUGAUAAGAAAGUUCUGUUACUUGAGACAGUACAACAAUGCCACGACAUACCGUUUGGUUCUUACUUUGAGGUACAUGCGAAGUGGACAUUUGAGAGUUCAUCAGAGAGCACAUGUCUCCUUGUCGUGAAAGUUGGAGCGCAUUUCAAAAAAUGGUGUGUGAUGCAAGGGAAAAUAAAAUCAGGCACAAUUACCGAGUACAAAGGAGAGGCAAAGUCGAUCAUAGACGUCAUGCGGACGUUUUUAGAAGGGGUGGACACGGAGGACACAAGUCCAAUAACAGGCAGUCUUGCCGGUGAUGAGCGAUUGGGUGACAGUCAGGUUGCCGUUUGAUUAAUCACUUUCCACACCACUCUCACUGUAGUCGACUGCGUACGGACUUGCGAUCCUUCAAUACAGAGUGAGGCAAAGGGCUGGGCUUGUAAAUAUAUCGCCAGUACAUUCAGAGAAUCCAUAAUUUAAAUCAGUCUUAAUCAAGCAACUGCCGGGCGUCUAAGAUGGUGGUCAUUAUGACAAGUUUCACAGAGCCAGCGUAAUGAUCACAGUUCCACUUGUAAUUAUAAGAACGUAUAUAGUUGGUUAUUGAGCCCAAGUCGGAUCCCAACCGAAGGCUACUGAUUCCUCCCACAUGCACUUGUCAUGGGUGAAGAGGGCAUGACUAGAAAGUGGGUAGGUGUCAUAGCGUGUCGGCCCCACAUCAGACACAAGAUCUUGAAAUGUGCCCGACCAGUUGAGCAUAUGGUCUCAAGGCUCAGCAGAACGUUGUCUUCGUCCAGCACAAUAUCAUUCAGUCCGGAGCACGAAGGCGGUAAAUAGAAGCCCUGCAAGUGUCAAUAUCUGCCUAAGGAGGUGUCUUGCCCGUCAUCAAACUGUUGAAGGUGAAUGGUUGGUAUAAUUGUCACAAAAUUUUUAUGGGAGCAUUCUUGCUCGGGAAGAUAGAGGUGUGGUGAGUGCUUCAAAUUGAGCACGUCUCUAGUCUCAAGAAGAGAUCAUCAAGAGGAGUGAGCGUGCUUCCGCACGCUUUCUGAAGGGCACUUAAUGUCUGUUUUCGCCAGUACUAUACAUUUGUAAAGUCUGUUAGGCAAACAUACUUGAUCGAUCUGCCGCAGUUUGCCAUUUUAAAGUGCCCUGGGGCGUAGGAGAAUAAAGUCUCCUACCUUAUUCCCCGUCUGCAUAACAUCACUGUGUAAGACGUUCAUAUAUUACUCAUGAUCACAGAGCUCUUCUAGUUUGUUGAGAUUGACAGGAAAUCC